AUGUCCCUUGUGGUGUUCCUCUCUUGGUCAGUGGCCAUUUGGUCUCUCCUGGAUGGCGUGCCAGUGGCCUUGGAUCAGUCAGAGACAUUGCAACACUAUGUUGCACGGCGCGGCCGCUCGGCGCGCGCGCAGGCAAGCCGUCUUGAAGAGAAGCGGUGGCAGGAGCGCCAGGCGCUACUUCGGCAAGUGCUGGAAGUUCAGACUGCUUUGGCUCGCUACUACCGAACCGAAUCUGUUUGGUCAAGCCUGUUGCGCACCUUUUGGGGCAUGCGUUCUCCUCGGCUUCUCGAGCUCGAGGAUCGCCUGGAGCAGCUCCAGCUGGCCAUGGAGCCUGAUAUAGUCAUGAGCGUGUCCAAAUCCGUUGACCCAAGGACUUGA